GGCGGGGUGCGGGACCCGGGAGGCGGUGGCGCAGGCGGCGGGCCGGGCCCGGGAGGCGGCGGGCCGGAGCGGGCCGGGCCGGGCACGGCGGAGCGGAGUGGGGCGGAGAGGGCCGCACCGGAGCCGAGCGGGCCGCAGCGGGCCGGGCCGGUAGCUGGGCGGCGCGGCGAGCCCCGGUCCCUGGCGGGCAGCGCCAUGGCGGAGACGAUCAUAAUCCGUGUGCAGUCCCCAGAAGGAGUGAAGCGCAUCACGGCCACGAAGCGAGAAACAGUGGCAACGUUCCUCAAGAAGGUUGCAAAAGAAUUUGGUUUCAGGAAUAAUGGGUUUUCUGUCUACACCAAUAGAAACAGGACAGGAGAGAUCACAGCAUCACAAAACAAAUCCCUCAACUUACUGAAAAUCAAGCAUGGCGAUAUGCUGUUUCUCUACCCCUCGAGCCCGGCUGGCUCUUCCUCAGAGACUAUGGACACCUCUGUCUCCCAAGGCUUGCGGCCUGUGGGGGCUCCCCAGGUGGUGGAAGAUGAGAUUGACCAGUAUCUGAUCAAACAGGAUGGGAAGAUUUACCGAAAUCGAGACCAGCAGCUGUGUCGCCAUGGCCCCUUGGGUAAAUGUGUGCACUGUGUACCGCUGGAGCCUUUUGAUGAGGAUUAUUUAAACCAUCUGGAACCUCCUGUGAAGCAUAUGUCCUUCCAUGCCUACAUCAGGAAGCUGACCGGAGGGGCAGACAAGGGGAAAUUUGUUGCCCUGGAAAACAUCAGCUGUAAGAUCAAAUCGGGCUGUGAAGGGCACCCUCCUUGGCCAGAAGGCAUUUGCACAAAGUGUCAGCCAAGUGCCAUCACUCUCAAUAGACAGAAAUACAGGCAUGUUGACAACAUCAUGUUUGAGAACCACACAAUUGCAGAUCGCUUCCUAGACUUCUGGCGGAAGACAGGAAACCAACAUCUUGGGUAUCUGUAUGGCCGGUACACAGAGCACAAAGACAUCCCUCUGGGGAUCCGGGCGGAGGUUGCUGCCAUCUAUGAACCCCCACAGAUCGGUACACAGAACAGCCUGGAGAUCCUGGAAGAUCCAAAAGCUGAGGUUGUGGAUGAGAUCGCUGCAAAGCUUGGACUGAGAAAGGUUGGCUGGAUAUUUACUGAUCUGGUCUCUGAAGACACACGGAAAGGGACUGUUCGAUACAGCAGAAACAAGGACACGUAUUAUCUAAGUGCAGAAGAGUGCAUCACAGCUGGAAACUUUCAGAACCAGCAGCCCAACAUCUGUCGCCUUUCUCCAGAUGGUCAUUUUGGAUCCAAGUUUGUCACAGUUGUGGCUACAGGUGGUCCCGACAACCAGGUCCACUUUGAGGGGUACCAGGUCUCAAAUCAGUGCAUGGCGCUGGUUCGAGAUGAGUGUUUGCUGCCCUGCCGAGAUGCACCGGAGCUGGGCUAUGCCAAGGAGUCCAGCAGUGAGCAGUAUGUGCCUGAUGUGUUCUAUAAGGACAUAGACAAGUUUGGCAACGAGAUCACACAGCUGGCUCGCCCGCUCCCGGUUGAGUACCUAAUCAUAGAUAUUACUACAACUUUCCCCAAGGAUCCAGUCUACACUUUUUCUAUUUCUCAAAAUCCAUUCCCCAUCGAGAACCGCGAUGUGCUGGGAGAAACUCAGGACUUCCACAGCUUGGCCACGUACCUGUCCCAAAAUACUUCCUCCGUUUUCCUAGACAUCAUUUCUGAUUUCCAUCUGCUCCUCUUCCUGGUCACGAACGAGGUCAUGCCUCUGCGGGACAGCAUCAGCUUGUUGCUGGAAGCUGUGAGGACCAAGAAUGAGGAGCUCGCACAGACGUGGAAAAAAUCAGAGCAGUGGGCCACCAUUGAGCAGCUCUGCAGCACAGUCGGUGUCCAGAUCUCAGGACUACAGGAGUAUGGUGCCAUGGGUGGCUCGACGCACGCCGUGUCGGCAGCCAUGUGGGCCUGCCAGCACUGCACCUUCAUGAACCAGCCGGGCACGGACCACUGCGAGAUGUGCAGCCUGCCCCGGACCUAGCCACGCCAGCGCGGCGGCAGACUCCAAUACAGAGCAAACCCUUGAGCAGCAGGAGUGGUGCUUCUCCCUUCCCCAUCCUUCUUUCCGCUUCCCACCAUCGGGCCACCCCAGGGUGCAGAGCCAGGCAGGGGGUGGCUCCAGCCCUCCCCAGUUACUCCUCAUUCCCUUUCAGGGGCAGCCCUAUAGUUGCAGAAGGAAUUGGGUGCCCUGGCUUUAUCUGAUGCUGGCCCCAGCCUGGGAAAACAAUGCUUAACCUCAGCCUUUGCCCAGUGGGGCCGGGCUGGUCCCCCUGCUGCCCCCAGCUGCUGUCCUAACCUAAUCCUGGGACAGCGCUUGGGGGCUCGGGGGGACUGUGGUCAGCCAGGGCACCCCUCUCCCUACUUGCCUGCCUGCCCAAAGUAGCCUCACGGCAUAGCAGAGGUGACAGGGAGGCUUUGGCACCUCGCUGCCCACAGCUUUGCUCCCCUUUCCCUGCCCACGUGGGUCGCUGCUGCCAGCUUUGGGUGCCCAGGUAUUGACAGCCUUCGCACUAAACAGCCCGGGCAGACCGAGCAGAUGACUGUUAACAGCUCUGGGCCAGACGGCGGCUCUGCCAGGCUGGGCCCCGGCGUGCUGGCAGCACUCCCGUAGCAGGACAGGCCCCCCUUGGCACUGGGCAAGCGGUGGGCAUGUGCCAGCUCCGGGCUUGGCACCACUCCCAGGGUGCCGAGCCAUGCUCGCUCCCUCUCGUGCAGCAGAGAUGCUUCAGUGCCUGGCUAUGUGUGCUGAGGCUGGCAUGCCCUAGUCCUGGCCAUCCGCUGUGGGGGCUGCGGGAAGGGUGUCAUGUUCCUCCGUGUGCCGUGUCACCCCACAGAGCGCGGUUUGGCUCACGAGGAAUGUGCGAGGUACCCUGAGCAGCAGCUCAUCCCCUCCUUUGGCAUGAUGCUGUGCAGAGGGAGCUGCAUAACUCGGGCACCCACCUCGCCUCCCAUGUGCCCUGGCUCGGCAAGGGAGCUGGCCCCUGCAGCUGGCGCCUUCCCCCAUGCCCACAUCCCUCCCGAGCGUGUCCUCCACAGUGCAGGGCUGGAGCUGGGGCUCAGGCUGCGCUCCUGCCACUCUAUCUCCCCUUUAGACCCUGACUGGGGGCUGCCCUGUGCCAGGGAGGUGGGGAGAGGGCAGGCAGAUGCUUGCACUUCCCUGGGAGCUCAGCCCUCCUCUUGCAGGGCCUCUGCCCUGUCCUGGAGACCCCCCUGCCCUGUUGCUGCAGGUUCAGGCCUUAGUUAAAUCUGCAGGACACUGAUUCCAGCACUGCCCUGUGCCCUUCUCAUCAGAGGGAGGUGUGAGGCCCAUCCUGUGCCAGGACAGCAUUGCCCCUGCCUUCUCCAGCCAGGCAGCAGGGCAGGCAGCAUAGCAGGGACCCCCGGUGCCUGACAGCCUCCCCCCCGCCCCGCUGCUGUCGGCAAGUGCCUGCCUGGGCUCUGCCGAAGGCUUCGUCCUGACGGCGUUAGCGGAGUGGCCACCCAGUGCUGCCACAGGGCUUAUGGGCUGCGGUUUGCUUUUCCCCGCGGUUUGUUCAUGUUUGGGGUUGCAGCAGUGUGCAGGGCCUGGACUGGACUGACCUGGGUGCAGGGUCUUGCGAGUAAUGUUGAAUAAAAGCACCUAAAAUGAGAGCCAG